UUUGUUUUUAUCCAAAGUAAUUUUAAAGGAAAGUUGCUUCAUAAAAUAUUAAAAUUUCUUUAUUUCUCAAUGAAUUUAUGAAAUAAAUAGAAAAUCAUGUUCAAGACCUCUACAAUUCUUGGCAGGAGAUCUUUUAGUGCGAGUACGUUUUUAAAGUUUCAACAAUUAGCUGGAGAUCAAUUAAAAAACGAUGUAAAUAAAACACCUUUAUUAUCAGAUAUCACGAAAGAAAAAUGGGAAACUACUUGUGAAAUUUUCCAAAAAUAUGGGUUCAAAAACGAUGAAGUUUUGAAAAUUGUAGAAAAAAAUAAAUCUAUUCUCAAACAUCCAGCAAAUUUCUUGAACCAUAAUAUUGAAUUUUGGCGAGGUUUUGAAUUUGGCCAGAGGCAAUUUCAAGAAUUAAUUUUAGUGCACCCAGAAAUUUUAGAUGUAAAAGAUUAUAAACAUAUUGCCAACAAAAUAUCCUAUUUGAAAUAUUUUGUAAAAACUCCUAAGAACGUAUGGCUGCUAUUAUUGAAUUCACCUGAAAUUUUAACACGAAGAGAAGAGAUAAUUAAAAAUUACUUUUUAUAUUUAGAAGAACGAAUGCGAUUAUCUACUCCCGAAAUAGUUAAAUCAAAGGUUUUUUCAAAACCUCUGAAUGAAUUAAAAUGCCGGCAUAUCUUUUUGGAAAGAUUAGGACUUUUUAAACCACGAUCUCCUAAAAGUGAUCCAAAUAUACAAACAAAAAAUCCUAUGCUGUAUAAAAUCAUUGAUACAUCUGACAAAGAAUUUUGUAAGAAAAUAUGUGGAAUAUCCUUAAUUGAGUUCGAAACUUUUAUCGAACUUUUUAAUAUAGAACAAGAAAAAGCAAUGAAUCAAAAUGAAGAAGAAAGUGAUAGUGAUGUUGAUUAGGCUAUUUAGUGAUAGGUUGAUCAAUUAAGGUAUCUAUUUUAAAAUAAGUAGGUACAUAGCAUUAACUUACAUUUUGCAAUCUUUGUAUUUUAAAAUUUCGUCAUAUAAAACAUUUUUCUAUAAUAAAAAAUUUAAUAAAAAUUUUUAUUUUAUUUCUAAUAAAACGACAUGAAACAUUUCUGUUUAUAUUGCGAACGUGAUUAAAUUUUAAACUCCAAAAUCCAAGUUGAAAACAAAAAUAUAUGUAUGUUGCAGUUGAAGAAGAAAAUCCUAAAUAUAUUAAGUACUUCAAAGAAAUAAUUUUGGAUGUACAUAUCAAGGCUUUACACUCAAGAAGAAUAAAAGAAUUAGUUUUCAAACAUAGAGACACAGACCUCUCUUUAGGCUAUAAGUAUUUGGUAUUCAAAACAGAAAUGUGAUGAUUGAUGAAUUGAAAAUAAUAAACAUGCAAUCUACAAAAUAAAAAAAUUAAAAAAUGUAAAUGGAAAUAAGUACCUACCUAUUCGUUUCGAACUCUAACCUUUCAAGAAUCCAUUAAAUUGUUUCAAAAUAAUUUACAUGAAACCCAAAUUUCAAUUGUACAAUUCAAAAUGACCUGACUUAAAAUAGUAGAGCACAUGGGAAAAAAAUUCCAAUAUAAAUUUAAAAAUUUAAUAUUAAAAUGUAAGACUGAUCUUUUAUUUAGUCAAGAGCCCUGUUAAUUAAAUAAUGAUAUAAUGAAAUUUAAUUUUAUUUACUUGUUUACAAUUUUUAUGUGCAGAAAAAUAUAGAAAAAAUUGUUGGAGUGAGCUUAGGUAUGUAAUAUGUAUUUAGGUACAACAUACGAUUACUACCCAUUACUUACUCAGUUUUAUAGCCAAAAAAUCUCAUUUAUUUGAAGACCAAUUGCCAUAUUCUGCCGUUCAGAAAGGAUUGAAUGCAUAAAAUUGUCGGUGAUAAUGAAAAUUAACGAUAUUUAACAAUGAUGAAUACCAAGGCAAUCGCAUAAACUAAAUUAUCCAUAUUAGGAUUAUGCCAUACAUUCUUUACGUUCUUGAAAAACUACUCGUAUCAAAAUG